AUGGAGCUGAAAUCAAUUAUCACCCAGUGUGAUUUUGAGGACAACUCCAAACCCUUCUGUGACUGGACUCAAGAAUCCACAGAUGAUGGGGACUGGAUUCGAUCCAGUGGGCCCUCCCACAUGGGCAGCACUGAGCCCACUGGGGGUUACUCCAAUGGAGAGGGCCACUACCUGCACCUGGACUUCAACACCUUCCACCAGAGCGGGGUGGCCCGCUUGCGGAGCUCCCCCUUAUGGGAUCAAGGCCCUCUGUGUGUGCGCUUCGCCUACUGCAUGUUCGGGCUAUCGUGGGGUGCCCAGCUCAAACUGCUGCUGGUCACAGGCACCAAGUACAAGCACUCUAACCUGCUCUGGAAACACAUUAACGUUCAGAGCCCCUCCUGGAUGCCCACUGCUGUCACUGUGCCCAGCGGGUAUGCCCUGCCCAGCCAGCUGAUAUUUGAAGGAGUGAGGACCAGCCCCGCUUACCUGGACAUCUCUCUGGAUAAUGUCUCUGUCCAUCGUGGCUCCUGCAAUAAGGUAUGCAUGAUGCAAAUGUGCAGCUUCGACACUCCAAAUAACCUCUGUGGCUGGAGCUUGAUCCCCACAACCUCUGGGGCCAAGUGGGUCCAGAAGAAAGGGUCAUCAAGGGUGAUGAAUGUGGGGCCUAAGGAUGACUACUCCAGCCCUGGUAGUGGCUUCUACAUGCUUCUGGACCCCCACAACGCAAAACCAAGGGAGAAAGCUGUUCUCCUGAGUCCCCCGAGCCAGUCGUCAGGCUGUCUGAGUCUGUCUUUCCACUACACCCUCCAUGGCCAGUCUCCCGGGGCAGCCCUCACCAUCUAUGCUUCUGUCUUGGGCAGCAUCCGGAAACACACUCUUUUCUCAGGACAACCUGGACCCAACUGGCAGCCUGUUUCUGUCAGUUACACAGGCCAGGGACCGAUUCAGUUCACCUUGGUGGGCGUGUUUGGAAAGACCCCAGAACCAGCCGUGGCAGUGGAUGCAAUCAGUAUUGCUCCCUGUGGGGAGAGCUUUCCUCAGUGUGACUUUAAAGAUGAUGCCCAUCCUUUCUGUGACUGGGUCCAGACUUCAGGGAAUGGCGGACACUGGAUCCGGAGUAGUAAAAAUAUGCCCGUCCAAGGGCCUCUUAGCAAAGGUAACUAUAUCUACCUUGAGGCUGACAAUCUCUCAGAGGCAGGCCAGGCUUUCAGGCUGGUGAGCCGGAGCUUCUGUGCCCCAAGUACGAUCUGUGUGAAAUUUACCUACCACAUGUAUGGCCUCGGAGAAGGCACUAAGCUGAAGCUCCUGUUUGCGAGUCCUGCAGGCAGCUCCCCAACUUCUCUCUGGCAACGCGUUGGGUCUCAGAGCCCUGACUGGCUGAAUGCCUCCAUCACUGUCCCUUCAGGACAUCAACAGUCCAUGCAGCUGAUACUUGAGGCCAUCAGGGGUACCAGCACUGCCUUUAUUGUUGCUGUGGGUUUCAUCUUGAUUAACCCUGGGGCCUGUCAAGUUCCCCCUGCUGGCCCUUCUGAGACCCCUCUCCCUACUAAAAAAACCACUGUCCCCACUGAAAAACCCAGAGUACCUACUAAAAAACCCACUAUCUCCACUGAAAAACCCAAAGUCCACAUUGAAAAACUCAGAGUCUCCACUAAAAAACUCAGAGUCCCUACUGAAAAAACCACUGCCUCCGCUGAAAAACCCAGAGUCUCCACUGAAAAAACCACUGUCUCCACUGAAAAACCCAGAGUCCCCACUGAAAAACUCAGAGUCCCCACUAAAAAACUCAGAGUCCCCACUGAAAAAACCACUGUCCCCACUGAAAAACCCAGAGUCCCCACUAAAAAAACCACUGUCCCCACUGAAAAAACCACUGUCCCCACUAAAAAACCCAGAGUCCCCACUGAAAAACCCACUGUCUCCACUGAAAAGCCCAGAGUCCCCACUAAAAAGCCCAGAGCCUCCACUGAAAAACUCAGAGUCCCCACUGAAACACCCACUGUCCCCACUCAAAGGCCCACAACUCCUACCACACUUGAACCCACUGGACCUACAGUCUUGGAGAUGCCUGUUACUACUACAACUACCUCCACAACCACUGUGACCCAGGCCACCACUGCAACCCCUAGACCUAUUCCAGAAAACUGCCCCCCAAAUGCCCACUAUGAACCGUGCGCCUGCCUGGCAUCCUGCCGGAACCCCAAGCCCAACUGCGAGCUCGUCUGCAAGCCCGGCUGUGUCUGCAAUUCUGGCUUUUUGUUUAGUGACUCCAAAUGUGUUAAUGCCUCUUCCUGUUACUGUUUCUACAACAAUAAUUACUAUAAGGCUGGAGCAGUGUGGGUCAGCCCCAAUUGCACAAAACAUUGUUACUGCUGGCCUGGCAGUGGGAUGGAGUGCCAGAGCUCUCAGUGCGGGAGACACACAGCAUGCCGGCUGAAGAACGGAGAAUAUGGAUGUCACCCCUAUGGCACUGCUACAUGCUCUGUCUAUGGAGAUCCUUAUUAUCUCACCUUUGAUGGGAGGCACUUUAGCUUCAUGGGCAAAUGUACCUACAUCUUGGCCCAAUCCUGUGGCAACUCGACAGAGCCCUUCUUCAGGGUGGCAGUGAAGAAUGAGGAGCGAGGACAGCAAGGCACAUCUUGCCUGAGCAAAGUCUACGUGACGCUGCCUGAGACCACCAUCACCCUGCUCAGUGGCAGGCGCACGCUGGUUGAGGGUCAUCAAGUCACCCUCCCAACCAUACCUUCUGAAGGCAUCUUCCUGGCUCCAAGUGGGCGAUUUGUGGAGCUGCAGACUGCGUUUGGUUUGCGGGUGAGAUGGGAUGGUGACCAGCAGCUGUUUAUAAUUGUGCCCAGCUCCUACUAUGGCAAGCUCUGUGGUCUCUGUGGCAACUAUGAUGGUGACAGCAGCAAUGACAACCAGAUGCCUGAUGGCAGGCCGGCACGACAUGAGGGGCAUCUGGGCAACAGCUGGCAGACAGCAGAGGAUGUACACGAGGAGUGCCAGAACAAGGCAAAUCCCCCAUCUUGCAACUCAACCUUGCGGAACACUCUAUCGGGGCCAGAGUUCUGUGGACGGAUCAUAGUCUCCCAUGGAGUCUUUGAGGCGUGUCUGCCUCACCUUAUGACCUCUUUCUUCUUCAACAACUGCAUGUUUGACAUGUGUAACUACCAGGGGCUGCAGCAGAUGCUGUGUACCCAUAUGGCAGCCUUGACUGAGGCCUGCCAGGAGGCUGGCUACAAGGUGAAGCCCUGGAGAGGACCCCAGUUCUGCUCUCUGGACUGCCCACCCAACAGCAAAUACACCAUAUGUGCCAAGCCGUGCCCCAACACCUGCCAUUCCAAGUUCUUUGGCAUGUCAUGCAAAGGCCGAUGCGUGGAGGGCUGUGAGUGCAACCCCGGCUUCAUCCUCAGUGGUCUCCAGUGCGUCCCCCAAUCCCAGUGUGGGUGCCUUGACUCCACGGGCAGAUACAUCAUGAUAGGGCAGCAGUGGUUUGCGCCAGACUGCAGACAGCUCUGUAUCUGUGAGGGCAACAACAAAAUUCGCUGUACUCUCUGGGAGUGCCGACCUCUGGAGAUCUGUAGUCUUCAGGAUGGCAUCUAUGGCUGCCAUGCCAAGGAAUCUGCCACCUGCAUUGUCUCAGGUGAUCCCCACUACCUGACAUUCGACGGAGCAGUGCACCACUUCACGGGCACCUGCAGCUACACCCUCACCCAGACUUGCUUUCUGAGCUGGUUCAACAACUUUGUUGUGAGCUCCACCAAUGAGUUCCAAGGUGGGAACUUGGAGGUCUCCCAUGUGACAGCUGUCCACAUACAGGUCUUCAAACUCCGAAUCUCGCUGAUCAAAGGCCACAAGGUUGUGCUGAAUGGUCACCGGGUGACCCUGCCUGUGUGGCCUGAACAAGGUCGGGUAAGCAUUAGGCCCAGUGGCUCUUUUAUUCUCCUCUACACGGAUUUUGGGCUUCAAGUUCGCUAUGAUGGGAACCACCUGGUCAAGGUGACCGUGCCGUCCACCUAUUCUGGCAGUCUCUGCGGGAUGUGCGGAAACUACAACAACAACAGCUCAGAUGACAAUCUGAAACCAGAUGGAAAGCCUGCAGGCAGCUCCAUUGAACUAGGGGUUGCCUGGAAGUCAAAUGAAUACUCUGAAGCUAGCUGCUUCUUCGGGGGUGCCAAACCUCCCAGAUGCCAGGAGAAUCAAGUGGCAGACACCUGGAAUAAGAACUGUAAUAUCUUAAUCAACCCUCUGGGACCCUUCUCCCAGUGUCACAGCGUGGUACCCCCACAUUCCAGCUUCUCCAGUUGCGUGCAUGGCCAAUGUGGGACCAAGGGUGAUGCCCUGACCCUGUGCCGCUCCCUGCAGGCCUAUGCAUCCCUGUGUGCCCAGGCCGGCCAUCCCCCUGCCUGGCGGAACAGCACCUUCUGCCCUCUGAAGUGCCCAUCUGGCAGCAGCUACAGCCCCUGUGCCAACCCUUGCCCAGCCACCUGCCUCACCCUGAACACCCCACCAGACUGCCCAGCAGCAUUGCCCUGUGCUGAGGGCUGCGAGUGCCAAAAAGGCCAUGUCCUGAGUGGAACUUCCUGCGUGCCCUUCAGCAAAUGUGGCUGCACUGACCCAAAGGGCUCCUACUAUCCGGUUGGGGAGAGCUGGUACACAGACAAUACCUGCUCCAGGCUCUGCUCCUGCUCCACCCACAACAUCUCCUGCCACCAAACCUCCUGCAAGCCUAGUGAAAAGUGCGCACCCUUGAAAGGGCUGAUACGCUGCCGGACUGGAGGUAUGGGAGUGUGCCGGAUCUCAGACAGCUCCUACUAUGUGAGCUUUGAUGGUAGUUACCAUGCCAUCAGGAGAGCCUGUAGUUAUGUCCUGGUGAAAACAUGCCACUUCACCAUGGACCUGCCUUUCUUCAAGAUUAGUGUCAAGAAUGAGAAGAGGAAAGGCCGAUUCCCUCCUUUCUACCUCCACCAGGUCAACAUUAGCAUCUUUGAUUCUGUGGUCACCCUGCAAAAGAACCACCAUGUACUGAUCAAUGGCAAACAUGUCACCCUUCCCUCGAGAAACAAGAUCCGGGGUGUCAGCAUCUUUGCUAGUGGCAUCUACACCGUACUCCACUUUUACAUUGGGUUGAAAGUCGAGUUUGAUGGCAGUGGGUUCUUAGAGGUUGAAAUUCCUAGAGCCUAUUAUGAAAAGGUCUGUGGCAUUUGCGGAAACUUCAAUGGUGAGGAGGAGGAUGAACUGAUGAUGCCGAGUGAUGAGCUAGCCCAGAAUGACAUUGAGUUUGUGGAGAGUUGGCAAGAUAAAGAGGCCCACCCAAAUUGCCAACAAGAUCACAAAAUACAUAAGCAGAUGAAGACCAUCACAGAAUAUCAGGAGACUCAGACUGCAAACUGCAACCCAGCUCACCUAGUGAGAGCCCUGGAGCAAUGCCAACUGGCCUUUGAGGCCCCAGCUUGGACUAAGUGUGCCACCCACGUAGACAUUACGCCCUUUCUGCUGGAUUGUAUGCACAACCUUUGUGAGUUUAGAGGCCUAAACCAUGUCCUCUGCGAGUCUCUGGAAGCCUUUGGGACCGCCUGCCAGGCCCAGGGUCUCGAGCCCCCAAUCUGGAGAAACAGCAGUUUCUGCCCUCGGGAAUGCCCCACCCACAGCACCCACACAACCUGCAUUCCCUUCUGCUCACCUUCCUGUUGGGACCUGGAAGGCCAGUGCAAGGACACCAAAGUUCCCUCCACCUGCGAGGAGGGCUGCAUCUGUCAGCCCCGCUGCAUUUGUCAGUUUGGCUAUGUGCUCAGUGAGCAACAGUGUGUGCCCAGGACUUAGUGCACUUGCAGGGAUGCCCAGGGCCGCUCCCUCCCAACAGGGAAAACCUAGCUUUCCAGUGACUGUACCCAGAGCUGUACUUGCAGAGCAGAAACCAUUCAUUGCCAGUCCUUCAUCUUCCCCUCUGGCUCUCACUGCCAGCCCAACUUUAGCAGCGACAGCAGAUGCGUCCCCCACAAGUUGAAACAAUGCUCAAUUUUCAGAGACCCCUAUUACCGCACAUUUGAUGGUCUUAGCUACCACUUCCAGGGCCGCAUGACCUACAUUCUGACCAAGACCGUGGACAUGCUCCCCGGUGGUGUGGUGCCUCUGGUUGUGGAGGGACGCAACAAAAUGUAUAUACCCCUCAGCCAGAUCUUCCUGCAUGAAGUCAUUGUGAUGGUCUACAGCUAUACAGUCCAGCUCCAGGCUGAGCUUCAGCUUGUGGUCAAUGACGAGAAGAUGGCCAUCCCCUACAACUCCAACAAACAGCUGCAGGUUACCAUUCAGGGCCAUUGGUUGUAUCUGACCACUGACUUUGAGUUGGUUGUCAGCUUUGAUGAAAGGAACAAUGCAGUGAUCUCCCUGCCCGACUCGUACCAUGGGCUUGUGUGUGGCCUGUGUGGGAACUUUGACAAGAACCAGAAGAAUGAAUUUAUGCUGCCCAAUGGUCCCCUCACUCAGAACCUCAACAAUUUUGGCAACAGUUGUGAGGUGAAGAUCAAUGGAGGCCUCCCCCGCUUCUCAAGGUCCAUCCAAGAGGAGGAGGAGGAGGGAGAAGAGAAGUUGGGCUUCUAUGUGUCAGAAUGCAGCCUGGAACAGCUGGAGCUCAUCAAUAGCACUCAGGCGCGUAGGGUGCUGGUAGACCCGCAGGGCCCCUUUGCUGCCUGUCACCAGACUGUGGCCCCAGAGCCCUUCUAGGAGCACUGUGUGUCUGAUCUGUGUGUCGCCUAGAACCCCAAAGAGCAGGAGGAGCUGCGCUGCGAGGUUUUCAGUGGCUGCCAGGUUUUCAGUCUAUGCCAGGAAGCAGCCACCACCCUGACCAGCUGGUGGGACCACACUCACUGCGCCUUGGCAUGCCCGGCCAAUACCAUCUAUCAGAGCUGUAUGACACCCUGCCCUGCCUCUUGUGCCAGCCUGGCGGCCCCCAGGGACCGUGAGGGCUCCCAUGUGGAAGGCUGUGCCAGCCUCCCAGGCUACAUCUACAGUGGCACCUAGAGCCUUUCCCUGGCCCCUUGUGAUUGGACCAACAAUGGCAUCUGCUACCAGCUAGGUGACAGUUUUGUGACUGAGGAUUGCACUCAGCACUGCACCUGUGCCAGCUCCGAGGUCCAGCUGUGUGAACCCUUCAGCUGCAGCGCGGGGGAAAUCUGCACCCUGGGGAACUUCAUUCAUGGCUGUUUCUGACAAAGCCUAUGUCUGCGGAACCCCUGUCAGAACGACGGGCACUGUCAGGAGCAGGUCACCCACUUCACCUGUGAGUGUGAACUUGGUUAUGGGGGAGACUUCUGUAUGGAGCUUCGGGAUGUACCAUUCCCUGAAAAGCCAGAAGUGUCCAACUUUGUUGCCAUCCAGUUGAGAAUGCUGGUGCUUGUGGUGGUCAUAGUGCUGGCAGGGAUCAGAGAAUGUGCUUCUAAGAAGAGGAGGAGGAAGAGGUGAGUUCUGUGAGAGGGGGUGAGGGCAGCUGAGGG